AUGCGGAUUGCAUGGUUUACUGAUAACGCAAACGUUGCCAGUAUCGUCCAUUCUGGUAGCAAGGUUCCUGAACUUCAGGAUUUAGCUCUUCGCAUAUUUCAUGUUUGUGUUAGUUUUGGAAUUUCGCUUGAGUUGAAGUGGAUUCCUAGAAGUGUUAAUUCUGAGGCUGACCAUUUAAGUAGGAUUAUUGAUUUUGAUGAUUAUACUUUGAAUGAUGAUGUUUUCCAUAUGUUAGAUUUUCGAUGGGGACCGCACACUAUUGACCGAUUCGCAUGCAGUUAUAAUGCGAAGCUUUCCCGUUUUAAUUCCAGAUUUUUUCAACCGGGCACUGAGGCUGUUGAUGCUUUUUUGCAAAACUGGGAUUUUGAGAACAACUGGAUUCUCUCUCCAGUUUCGCAGAUUGCGAGGGUUAUUGCUCAUUUGAGAGUGUAUAAAGCGGAGGGGACAUUUGUCAUUCCUUUGUGGAAGUCUUCGUAUUUUUUGCCGUUGUUAUGUGACAAUGGUAGACAUUGGAACACAUUUGUUCACGAUUGGGUUGUACUUCCCAAAUUUAAGCAACUUUUUGUAAGAGGCAAAGCCAAGAAUGGCUUGUUUGGCGCAAGAGAGUUGUCCUUCAUAGUUGUCGCUCUGCGCAUUAGUUUCAAGUUACCUGAGAGGAUUUCUCUAUCAGGGUUUUGUACUCAUGACAGUGGCUGUUGCCCCAAGUGUCGAUUACUUUAGGGUCUUUUGCACCCAUUAGUUGGAGUCUGUUGUUACUCCUUGUCAGUUUGUUUUGUUAUUAUUUGUUAGCGUGUUGUUAUAGUUCUUUGUGAUAUCUCCUUACUUAAUUGAAGUGGUUUAUUUUCUGUUUGCUGAAUUGUCUUUACUCAAUAAAGAUCUUUUGUUACUUCUGAUUUUUCUUUUGUUUUUUGCGUCCCUUGUUUAGACGUUUUUCAGAAGGGUCUAUGGCAAGAGGUUUUCAAGGACCCUGACUUACAGUCUCUUAGUGCCAGGCUUCAGACGACUAUUUUGUCAGCGAGGGCUCCCGCGACAGUUAGCAUGUAUGACAGAGCAUUCAGGAGAUGGAAGGAAUUUGCAUUAAGCAAGCACGAACUUUCUUAUUUACCUGCUAAUCCUAUGCAUGUAGCUGUUUAUUUACAAUAUGUUUUAGAAUCUACAAGAUCGAGCAGUUCUGUGGACACUGCGUUUUACAGUAUUAAGUGGGCACACGAAUCAGCUGGUCUUGUAUCCCCUACAGAUAAUCCUUUAGUUAAUAGGGUGUGGGAGGCUGCUAAAAGAAUUUUAGGAGCUAAGAGGUGUCAUAGUAAAGAACCUUUGUCUAUUGAAAUCAUCAAAGAUAUUAUCUCUGCCGCUGAUUUAUCCAAUACUCUUCAGCUGAGGAAUAUUUGUCUUUAUGUUCUUUGUUAUGCGGGGUUUUUUAGAUCGGAGGAGGUCACCAGUAUUAGACGAAAUCAUAUUACGUUUCAUGAUGGCUAUAUGACAAUUAAGGUCGAAAAGAGUAAAACUGAUCAGCUUAGGCAGGGCGAUGAGGUUAUUAUCGCACAAUCAGGUGGUAGUGCUUGUCCAGUUUCCAUUCUUCGAGACUAUUUAAGCAGGUUGAACAUCGAUCCUCAAUUGGAUGAGUUAAUUUUCAGACAGUUGGUCAAAACCAAGUCAUUCUAUAAGAUGGUUAACAAAGAUAAACCUAUUAGUUACACUACUUUCAGGGAUCAUUUGUCGAAGAGUUUAUGCUCUGUGGUGCCUGAUCCCUCUGUUUAUGGCACUCAUUCAUUUAGGUCAGGGGGAGCUACCAAGGCUGCCAACAGCGGCGUGGGCGAGUGA